CGCUAGGCCAGUCCGGUCCCGUUAGGCCGCGGUAGGCCCGGUCCGGUCCCGUCAGGCCGCGCUAGGCCCGGUCCGGUCCCGUUAGGCCGCGGUAGGCCCGGUCCGGUCCCGUUGGGCUCCAGGAGCCGGCCAUGCCGUUCUCCACGCAGUCCCCCGGCAGCAGCGAGCAGUACGUCCUGACGGCCAGCCUGGAUAACGCCCGCAAUCUGUCCAGCCUCCUUAGGGCCGUCCACUUCCAGGAUCAUGCCACUUGCUUCGCCACAGACAACGGGCUUCGGGUGACUGUAGAGGAUGCCAAAUGCAUUCAGGCCAAUGCGUUUAUCCAGGCGGAAAUUUUUCAGGAGUUUCAUGUUCAGGAAGAAUCAGUCGUGUUCCGAAUCAAUUUGGCAGUUCUUCUUGACUGCUUGACCAUUUUUGGAGCCAGUUCUUUGCCAGGAACAUCAACAGCUCUUCGGAUGUGUUAUCGUGGGUAUGGCUAUCCCUUGAUGUUGUUCUUAGAAGAAGGAGGAGUAGUGACAGUGUGCAGAAUUAAUACUCAAGAACCUGAGGACUUGUUAGACUUUAAUUUCUGCAGCACCAAUGUCAUCAAUAAAAUUAUCCUGCAGUCAGAAGGGCUACGAGAAGCAUUUUCUGAACUUGAUAUGACCAGUGAAGUUCUGCAGAUUACCAUGUCUCCAGAUAAACCAUAUUUCAGGUUAUCCACUUUUGGAAACGCAGGAAGUGCACAUCUGGACUAUCCCAAGGAUUCAGAUUUAAUUGAAGCAUUCCACUGUAACCAAACCCAGACCAACAGGUACAAGAUUUCUUUGCUUAAACCAUCUACAAAGGCACUGGCUUUGUCUUGUAAAGUCUCAAUUCGAACAGAUAACCGAGGAUUUCUUUCACUGCAAUAUAUGAUCAGGAAUGAAGAUGGACAGAUCUGUUUUGUAGAAUACUAUUGUUGCCCCAAUGAGGAAAUCACUGAAGCAGAAUUGUAGCUGUAUAUUCUGAUUCUGGUAUCUGUAUUAUAUUCAUGAAUAUGUGAAGUGUUGUAAGUUUAUAAUACUGACUGAAAUCUGUAAAGAGAGAUAGAGUUUAUAAUACUUUUAUGUGUUUUUUUUUACAGCUGUGGGAUUAAAAAUACUAAGUCUUCUUUCAUAAAUUCCCUGCUGCUGUUUCUCAGCCUUGAGACAGAAAAGAAGCAGAAAGUAGUAUUAAUCUCCAAAAGUCACAGACACCACACAUGUUGAAGCUGUCAUUUUUGUUUGUGUUUUGGCUUUUGUUUUGGUCUUGUUCUAAGCAACUACUUAUGGGGAAGUGUGAGCUCUAACUGUAUGUUAAGCAGCCAGUUAAAUUCCAAUUACCAAAUUUGUCUUGAAAGAGAAUGACAUUCUCAGUUUCAUUU